GUGACGUCCUUAGCUUGAAGAUAGCCAAGCUUCCGGGGCAGGAAGAUAUGAACUUGGCAGAUUUUAAAGCCGUGAUGCUCUCCUCCUUGCGUUCUCUCCUUCCCAAGGAGUGGUCUGGAGAACACGAGGCCGCCUGGAGUUGGCUCUGGGAGAGCGUUGAGGCCUUGCUGGGGGUGCAGAGAGGGCGCCUUGCGCAGAUGGAAAAGCAGUUGGCACGCUACUUUGCCUCUUUGGAAGACAAGACCCGCGAGGAGAUUUCCAUCGAUUUGUACGGAAAGUUCUUUGAGGCGGUGCCUGCUGGCCAGGAGUAUUUCAAGCAAUCGGCCUCCAGGCUGACCGUGAUCGCCAAUCGAGUCCUGGAUAUGAGCCUGGAGCUGAUCAAAUAUCCUUAUCGUAUGGUGGACGAGAUCAGUGCCGUGGGCUUGCGGCACGUGGGUUACGCCGUCCCGGUGGAGUUCUUCGGGCCCUUCGUCACCGCCUGCGUGGAGAGCUUGGCCUCCAGAGCUUCUGCGGAGGUCUUGGAGUCCUUCUCCUGGUCUUUGGGGUUGGUCUCACGAAUGUUGGUGCGGACCAUCAAGGAAGGCUCCACGAUUGUCAUGAAAGCCAUCAACCAAAAUAGUAAGGAACUCCUCGCCUCCGCCUUGGAAUGCGCACCUCGUGGUUCCCGCGAUCAAUGGGUCUUGACCGUCUCGGUGGGAACGCAGUCCAUCUCGCCCCUGCUGUGGGCCAUUGAUAGUGGGACGUGGGCUGCUGCCGAGUCGAUGAUUGAAGAUCUCUUGACCAUCCGUGCAGAUAGACUGAAGUACUACUAUGGUUUGGAUAGCCUCUUCCUCAGACACCCAGACAUCGUGGAGAUUUUGGCUUUCCGAGCCACCACUCUGCUGCCAACUUUGCUCAAUGGCAUGGUGUGGCGCUCUCAUUUGGUGCAUGGCGGUCUUAGACGUGCCAAUUAUUAUAUCAAACACCUCCUGGUGACCGACAAAGGGACCUUCCCCGAGGCGAUGGAGAACCUCGUGGAGCUUCACGAUCCAAAGAUUACGGUGCAUCCUUUCCUGCUGCGUUUGGUGGAUGUGAUUUGGACUGGUGUGGUGCGAUCGAAGUUCGUAUUUGGAAGUACUUGGCUUUUGUUCAAUUUGAUCCUCUUCGUGCUAAGCCAUGGGAUGCUGAACCAUAGGCAUGAACAGGAGCAUCUUUAUUCUCGCAUCGCCAUGUUCAGCUGCCGCGCGGUGAUCUACUUCUUAGGUAUGACGAACUUGAUUUAUGGCCGAGUUCGGCACGCCUAUCAGGCCAUAAGGGACAACGACCUGGUGGUUGUCUUCGAUCGGAUUCCCAUCCCGAAGCGCUACUUUGACAAUUGGCGGGAACCAGCGAGUCUCUUGCUUGUGCUGAGCCUGAUCGUGAGUUUUUUUAUCGAGCCAAUCUUCUUUUGCCUGCAGCAUUCAGAGGGCAACUUCGAAGGAGCCGGGAUUUUCACCGACAACUGUCCAGAGGCACAAGGUAUUUGUGAAGUGUACAGUGUCAUCUCCAUGCUGGUCAUCGGGCUCUACAUGUCGUUGCUCAUGGACCUGGCCACGUUGAGCGCCAAACUGAGCACCUACGUCCUGGUGGCCAUUAACGUGCUUCCUGAACUCGUCCUGGCGCUCUCCGCCUUGUGUUUUUUCAUCUUCAUGUUUGCCACUUGCGUUGCUGUGAGCGUGAACGACGUGAGGAGUUUUCAGGAAUUCCCAACCUCUUUGCUGCGACUCUUCCAGUUUGCGUUGCGAAUCAACAGCGAUGAAGAUUUGGUGGCCAUUUCGCAGUCUCCGCUGCUUUCGGUGGGCGUGGGCCUGUUCCUCGUGGUGAUCUUGGUGGGCACUUUCAGCAUCCUGGUGGCCCAGUUGACCCAGUCGUACCUGGAGCUCUAUGAUAGUAUGGUGGGUUACGCAGCGUUGCGGCGGCGGAUGCAGAUCGAGGUGGAUUACCUGCAGACGCUGCGGAGGAAGACGUGGAAUCACUUCGUGGGUUCGUUGAUGUUGGAUGAGCCCUUAGAGUUUGGCGAGGGUGACAUCGGUCUUCCCGGAGGUAUCCAGAUCAUGGAGCCGGCCAAGCUGCAUGUGCUACACCGUGAGUCGAUUCAACGCUACGGAGGUUCCACGUCUCCCAGUAUGCCGUGGCCGAAGGAACGAGAGUCUGUCCAUACAGCGACGGAGAACGAACGCCUGGAACGGUUGAUGAGAAAAUUCCAGAAAGCCCUUGCAACGGUGGCAAGAAAGACCUGCCGAAAAGUGGACUUGGGGAGUAUGCUGGGAAGCAGUAUCAAGUCAAGCAGAAGCAGCAGAAGUAGAAAUAGCAAUGGCGAUCCCGCUGAGGAGGACACGCGAAGCGAAUGCUCCUCUGUCAAAUCAGUGACUUAGGCUCUGAAAGAUUCUGAGAGUGUGCCUUGAAUCCCAGCCUAUGGAGCUCGUCAUCCAGCUGGUGGGAUGGAGCUCACCACACC